CACGAUGGGCGGGGCCAGCCCUCAGUCCGGGCAGCGCUCUCCCGGGAGCGGUGGCACGCGCGGAGCGCCGGGUGCGGCCAUGCGGGGCCCGGGCCCGACCCCGAGCCCGAGCCCGAGCCCGAGCCCGAGUCGGAGCCCGAGCGAGACCCCGAACCCGAGCCCAAGCGCGACCCCCGGCGCGGCGCGGCUACCCCGGCGAAGGCGGCGGGCGCGGGGCGCGCUCUGAGGCCCGGGGGAUGCGCCGCCGCCUCGAUCAUGGGCGCCGCCGCCUCCAGGAGGAGGGCGCUGAGGAGCGAGGCCAUGUCCUCGGUGGCGGCCAAAGUGCGAGCAGCUCGAGCGUUUGGAGAGUACCUGUCCCAGAGUCACCCUGAGAACCGCAACGGCGCAGAUCACCUGCUGGCUGAUGCCUACUCUGGCCACGACGGAUCCCCCGAGAUGCAGCCGGCCCCCCAGAACAAGCGCCGCCUGUCCCUCGUCUCCAACGGCUGCUACGAGGGCAGCCUCUCAGAGGAGCCCGGCAUUAGGAAGCCCGCAGGCGAGGGCCCCCAGCCUCGAGUGUACACCAUCUCUGGGGAGCCUGCCCUGCUGCCCAGCCCCGAGGCGGAGGCCAUUGAGCUGGCGGUGGUGAAGGGGCGGCGGCAGCGGCACCCUCACCACCACAGCCAGCCCCUGCGCGCCAGCCCUGGCGGCAGCCGGGAGGACGUCAGCAGGCCCUGCCAGAGCUGGGCGGGCAGCCGCCAGGGCUCCAAGGAAUGCCCCGGAUGUGCCCAGCUGGCUCCUGGCCCCACCCCUCGGGCCUUUGGGCUGGACCAGCCACCUCUGCCUGAGACCUCUGGCCGCCGCAAGAAGCUGGAGAGGAUGUACAGUGUUGACCGUGUGUCUGACCGUGCUUUCAAAGGAAUGUUCCUCAAACUUUGGGUGGCCAAAGGGAAAGUUAAGCCAAAAAAAAUCAAAGCGUCAAGUCACCAAGAGCAUGGUCUUGACGACAUCCCCAUUCGUACCUGGUUCCCCAAGGAAAACCUUUUCAGCUUCCAGACAGCAACCACAACUAUGCAAGCCAUCUCGGUGUUCAGGGGCUACGCGGAGAGGAAGCGCCGGAAACGGGAGAAUGAUUCCGCGUCUGUAAUCCAGAGGAACUUCCGCAAACACCUGCGCAUGGUCGGCAGCCGGAGGGUGAAGGCCCAGACGUUCGCUGAGCGGCGCGAGCGGAGCUUCAGCCGGUCCUGGAGCGACCCCACCCCCAUGAAAGCCGACACUUCCCACGACUCCCGAGACAGCAGUGACCUGCAGAGCUCCCACUGCACGCUGGACGAGGCCUUCGAGGACCUGGACUGGGACACUGAGAAGGGCCUGGAGGCCGUGGCGUGUGACACCGAGGGCUUCGUGCCACCAAAGGUCAUGGUGAGGCCCAGCCCGGGCAGUGCUCCUCUGCACCCCAGCAGGACUUGGCCCUGUCCCAAGAGCCCAGCCUGCUCUGCCUGGGACCACGCAGCCUUCUCCAGCUGCCUGUGGGAGGGGGUCUCACAGGGCUGUACCCUUGGGCUGCCUGGCAGCCAGAAGGUAGCCUCAUGGGGGCUCCCACAGCCCCUCGGCUUUUGGAUGGGCCUGGGGCCCCUGAGCAGCUCUUUGUCUCCCCAGCUCAUUUCCUCCAAGGUGCCCAAGGCUGAGUACAUCCCCACCAUCAUCCGCCGGGACGACCCCUCCAUCAUCCCCAUCCUCUACGACCAUGAGCACGCAACCUUCGAGGACAUCCUUGAGGAGAUAGAGAGGAAGCUGAACGUCUACCACAAGGGAGCCAAGAUCUGGAAGAUGCUGAUUUUCUGCCAGGGAGGCCCUGGACACCUCUAUCUGCUCAAGAACAAGGUGGCCACCUUUGCCAAAGUGGAGAAGGAAGAGGACAUGAUUCACUUCUGGAAGCGGCUGAGCCGCCUGAUGAGUAAAGUGAACCCAGAGCCGAACGUCAUCCACAUCAUGGGCUGCUACAUUCUGGGGAACCCCAAUGGGGAGAAGCUGUUCCAGAACCUCAGGACUCUCAUGACUCCUUAUAGGGUCACCUUCGAGUCACCCCUGGAGCUCUCAGCCCAAGGGAAGCAGAUGAUCGAGACGUACUUUGACUUCCGGCUGUAUCGCCUUUGGAAGAGCCGCCAGCACUCGAAGCUGCUGGACUUUGACGACGUCUUGUGAGGGGCAGAGGCCUCCGCCCAGUCGCCAUCAGGCCGCUCCCUCUGCACAGGGACCUGGGGCUGGGCCGCCUCGUGCUCCCCGGGACUGUGCGGCUCUGGUCUUGCCUGGAGCCACUUCAGGGCACCUCAGACGUUGCUCAGGUUCCCCCCGUGGGUUCCGGUCCUCACCGCACCCAUGGCCAUAGAGGCCUCAGUCCCUGGGGGCCGGGAGGAUCCCGCCCCAUGGCCCGUGGAUGCUCAGCGGCCAGGCACUGACCUGCCAUGCCUCGCCUGGAGGCUCGGCUUUGGGAAUCCCCUCCAUGGGGUUCAUAGAAAUAAGUGCAAUUUCUACACCCCCGAAACAGUUCAAAGGGAAGCAGCAUUUCUUGUUAACUAGUUAAGCACUAUGCUGCUAGUUACAGCAUAGGCACCCCAGCCCAGCAGCCCACAUGUGUUCAGGACCCUCCCUGCCCACCCCCUCCCUGCCGUAUCGAUCACCAGCACCAGGGUGGCCCGUGUGCUUGGGGCCAGUGUCGCCGGGCUGCCCAGCCUGGCUCUGUCUACACUGGCCGAGUCUCUGGCUCUGUCUGCACUGGCCGAGUCUCUGGCUUUGUCUGCACUGGCCAAGUCUCCGACUGUCUGUGCUUUCACUUCCACUUCUCUUGCCACCCCCUCUCCCCGCUUACUCAGACCUCAGCCGGCGCCAGACCCGGCAGGGACGGUCUGGGCAGCAGGAGGGAAGGGCGCAGCGUCCCCUCCUUCAGAGGAGGCUCCAGGUGGGGCCUGCUCCCCAUCCCCCCAAGCCCACCCAGCACUCUCAUUGCUGCUGUUGAGUUCAGCUUUUACCAGCCUCAAUCUGGAGGCUCCAUCCCAGCACAGAGGCCUGGGGCUUGGCAGGGGCCCGGCUGGGGCUGGGUCCUGGGUUUCAAGAACCUCACCAGUACCACAAUGGGCCCCUGGACCCGGCCGCGCAGCUGGUGGACUGUAGGGUCUCCUGACUCGGAGGAGCUCCCAGCUUUUGUCCACGGCCGGCAGGAUGGGCUCUCGUGUAUAUAGCUGCGGCUAGGGGGCAGGACCCCCUUGUGCAGAGCCAGGGGUCUGAGGGCACCUGGCUGUGUUCCCGGCUGAGGGAGGGCUGGGGCGGGGGCCGGGCUCAGAACGGUGUACGAUACCCCUCAUAGUGACCAUUAAACCUGAUCCUCCACCUCG